UUUUUUUUUAACUGUUUAUUGUUCCUUUUUUUGUUUUUGUUUUAAUAUAUCAAGAUGAGUGAGAAUAAUAGAACCUUGGAAGCUAUUAAAUAUACUAGAGGAGAUCUUCGUAUUCUAAAUCAACUCGUUCUACCUCAUGAAACUAUUUAUGAGACAAUCGCUAAUGUACAAGAUGGUCAUGCAGCUAUCAAGACAAUGAAAACUCGUGGUGCUCCUGCAAUUGCUAUUGUAGCUGCAUUAUCUUUAGCUGUAGACGUUAAUAAUCGUUUUAAAAAUGGGGAAUUUACAACAGUUGAUCAAGUUGUUCAAUUUUUAAAUCAAUCACUAGAAUACCUCAAGACUUCUCGCCCAACAGCUGUCAAUUUGUUUGAUGCUGCUGCUAAACUUUCAAAAUUAAUUAAUACAACAUCUUGUAAUAUUCAGGAUCCUGCUAUAGUCGUUGAGACUUAUAUUGGAGCAGCUGAACAAAUGUUGAUAGAUGAUGUUCAAGACAAUAAAAACAUUGGCAAAUUCGGUGCUCAGUAUAUUAUGGAACAUGCGAAAAGCAAACAAAUUAGUGUUUUAACACAUUGUAAUACAGGAUCAUUAGCUACAGCUGGCUGGGGAACUGCUUUAGGUAUCAUUCGUGACCUUCAUGCAAAUCAUCAACUUCAACAUGCUUAUUGUACUGAAACUCGACCUUACAAUCAAGGUUCUCGUUUAACUGCUUAUGAACUUGUUUAUGAAAAUAUUCCCGCUACUUUGAUUUGUGAUAACAUGGCUUCUGCUCUCUUGAAACAGAAGCCUGAUGUACAAGCCAUUGUGGUAGGUGCUGAUCGUGUGGCUGCUAACGGUGACACGGCUAACAAGAUUGGUACAUAUCAAUUGGCUAUUACAGCCAAAUAUCAUGGUAUUUUAUUUAUUGUUGCUGCACCUUCUACUUCCAUUGAUUUAAAUACAAAGAAUGGUGAUGCUAUCGUAAUCGAACAACGUCCUCCUGAAGAAUUAGUGACAGUAUCUGGUGUUCGUGUGAGUGAUAAUGUACCUACUAGUGUUCGUACAGCAGCUGAAAAUAUUGGUGUUUGGAAUCCUAGUUUUGAUGUUACACCUGCUAGUUUGAUUUCUGCUAUCGUUACUGAAAAGGGAGUUGUUGUUAAAAAAGAAGGAGAAGAUGAAUUUGAUAUGACUUCAUUCCUUAAUAAUUAGAUCUAAUAAAUAUAUAAAUUGUACAUUUUAUAAAGUAAUCAAUUACAAGAAGCAAAAAAAAAAAAAAAAA